UUCGCCGUCUCUUCUCCGUCAAUCCUGACAAAGUGACAUAAGGUCCACCAACAUGGCGGCAAAUUCAAAUUGUCGCCAGUGGCCACCAACGCGAUUUUCUUAAGAUUUCUUAUCGCCCAUUUAUUACAAUGCGUAACACGUAAGGCUUAUCAAACCAUCACGAUUUCAUAUUCUUUAGCAGGUUAAUAGUUAUCUGAUAAAGCACAUAUUUAGAGAUAGGGAGAUGUGGCCAGUUUAUUAAACACUCGACUAUCCAGUAUGAAAUCGAAAGUCACUGCGAGCGGGAGAAAGAAAUUAUUUUUACAUAAAUAUAUAAAUGAAAAUUGUAAUUACUCUGGUAUUUCUAACUAAUACCAUUUGUGGCAGAGUGUUAUCGAUGGGAUUUACGGUUAACUUUGAGUUUAUCUUGGCUUUUUGAUUUAAAAAAAUGAGAUGUUCCCGAGAAGUAUCGCGCGUCGCUUGAUUGUCGCGACUAUUUUAUUUAUAUUUUUACUGUCCGUACAUGGAAAAAAAUAUCUGUCAGUCGGAGUUGUUCGCAACUUGACAGUGUUUAGUUUUGAAGACAGAAUACAUGUGAAGGAUGAAAAUGAAAGGGGUCCAUUAAAAUUAAAUAUUUCUUGGGCGAGACCAAUUGCAAGUAAACAGCCGUCGUCUUACAGUAUAGUGAUCAGCAGCGUUACAGAAAAUACCGAUAACGAUAUCAUCGAAUGUCCUGAAGAAUCAUUGUAUUAUACAACCAAAAAUGGAAGCCAGUUGAACGCAUUGUUGCCGGCACAUCAAUUGUUCUCUAACUUGCCGGAAUUUUUUGUACGUCCAUCGUGUUCAUACAAAAUCCAAGUGCGAGCAAAUCCUAGAAUUAAUUCCACUCUUCAGUCAACGGUAAUCUUUAAAGUACCGAAAUGUGUUGGAAGUUACUGUAACUGUUUAAAUGCUGUCAAAACAUUACCUGAGCCAAAAGUGCACGCUGUUAAAAACAAGGAAGGCAAGGUAUUAAUAAAAUGGAGUACAAUAUCAGAAAGCCCAAAUGUUCGAUUUUUCGUCAUCAGUGUCGGAGUUCCUCUUUUGGUGUCUAAAAAUGGCCUUCCGGUGUAUAAUACAACAAGAAUUAUCAAGACAUCUUCAAAAGUCUCCUCGUUUACAUGGACUCCCCGAAAUGAUAAUAGCUAUCUACAUACCUCACAACAAUAUAAAAUUAUUGUUAACGCAGAGGAUAGAUUUGGGUGUCUCGGACCUACAGGAACUUUCCUUAUACAAUCGAACCAAAGUUAUCUCACAGCACAGUAUAAACUGGUGUGGAUAUUGAUUCUUGGAAUGAUAUCAGUAUGCGCCAUGACUUUUUGUCUUUUGAGCUUUACAUGGACUCAAGACCGCAAGAGAUACGAAUUGGUCUGGUCAAGUACAUGGACCAAACGAUAUAAAUGCCGAUUGGUGGACCUGAUCUUGAAACACCGCAAUGCUUUAUACGUGGAGCAGGAGAUAGAGGAAGCAAUGGCCCGGGGAGAGGCUGACGAUUUGGAAGUUUCUUUUAGGCGAUUGCAGCUUACGCAAGAAUUGGGAAAUGGACAAUUCGGACGAGUCUGUCUGGGGAAAUUGGACGGAUAUGAAUAUCCAGUAGCCGUGAAAAUGCCCAACAGUUCCGACCCGACCGAGCCUGAAACACGGAAACAAUUGUUAGAGGAAAUUACUAUGAUGAAAGCGGCCGGUCCGCACCCUCAUUUGGUUCGGCUCAUUGCUUGCUGUACAUUACCGAAUUACCCUGCGUGCGUAAUUCUGGAGUACAUGGAAGGAGGUGAUCUAUUUGCAUACCUCCGACGCCUGAGAGGGAACGUUUCCGAAAUCGACUUUCACUCCUACGAUAUAUCGGCUCGCAGUCCCAGCUUAACAGAAACGACAUACACAACCCUGAGCAAUGUAUCGCCAUCCACGCCCACCUCGCCGACGUUCUCUACAUGUAGCUUUGCACAAUCCACUUUAGACUCGGCGCACUUGCAGUAUGCAAACAUAAAGGAUUACGAGGCUAUGCCCGAUAUCAGCCCUGGGAAUUGCAGGUUGAAGAAUGACCAGGUGCUGCGUUUCGCCUUGGACAUUGCUCGAGGAAUGGAGCACCUGGAAAGCAAAGGAAUUACUCACAGGGACCUAGCAGCAAGAAAUAUUCUUUUAGAUGGGAAUUUAACUCUGAAGAUUUCUGAUUUUGGGCUGUCUCGAAAUGGCGAGUACACAAUGGACAGUGGAAAAGGAGGCAUUCGCCGAUUACCGAUACGUUGGAUGUCGCCAGAGGCGCUUCGCGAUCGAGCUUUUUCCUCGAGAAGCGACGUGUGGUCCUUCGCCGUAGUUCUAUGGGAAAUUGGAACUUUGGGAGCUUUUCCAUAUCCCGAGAUUCGUGACGACCAGUUACUCCGAUACGUGCUCAAUUCUGGCCGUCUAUCAAAGCCUGAGAAUCUUUCCGUAGAACUCUACAAUGUAAUGAACGCCUGUUGGGCAUCUCGCCCCGAAGAUCGGCCGAAUUUUGCGCAUCUUGUUCCGUAUCUUCAUAGUCUUCACGAAACUUCCUGUCCCUGAAAUAAUAAUCACCGAACGCUCCUGUUACCUGCGCCCUUAUUUACAUCUAACGCGAAAUAAAGUACAA